AUAUUACCAUAAUAUAUAAUAUUAUAAUUGCUAUGGCAACAAACACAAUAUUAUAUUAUCUAACAAACAGUUGUAUCCAGCGAACGUUGUGCGAUUGCCUAAAAAGCCCUAAGCUUAUACAGUACCAAUAAUUGUGAUAGCACAAAAAGUAUUGGCCAAAAUAAACCAACGCGGUUUCAAAAAUUUGCAAACGCAAAACAGCUAUUAUAAGUAGUCGUUUCGAAGAAAUAUGCCGUAUACUCACACUGUCGUGGGCAAAAAACCGGAUAACUAUAAGAUUCCCAAUCGCGAUAUGGAACGACGGCGAAUGCAACGAUCUAGAAUAAGAACCGGAGACGAUUUCGAAUGUUUAAUACAGCAGAAACAAUUGUUGGAAACGGCAGAUAAGAAAAGCGUUUACAAUCGGAUCAGAAAGUUGGUCGAAUGCGAAAUGAAAGCCAACGAACAUUUAUUUACCGAACAACCGAAGUCGAAAUCCGAACCGAUUGUAGAAGUAGUACAACAGCAGCCGGAUAAUCCAGUUGAAGAUGUCAAGGCAAAGGCCGACAUCUUGAAAAAACAACAGGAAGAGGAAGAACAACAAAUCGUGGAAGAAAAACGAUUACAAAUGUUUAUUGAAAAUUCCGAUGAGUUGAGGUCGGCAGCGACGGCCAAACGGAAGAAAGAGAUUUCGAAUGACAAUUACACGAUUAUUUUAGAAAAACAAAGGCUCGCUAAAGAACAAAAGACCAAGAAAAAAGAAAUGGACAACGCAAAUCAUUUGGAAACAAUUCGACAACAAGCUGCCGAUAAAGAAGCGAAAAGGCAAAAAGAGUUGGAAAAGAAAUUAAAAUUAAAAAACGAAUUGACAGAUCAAAUGAAACAGAAAGAAAUCACCCGAAAACAGCAACAAGAGUGGGCAAGAAACGACCAAGAGGAAUUGAAAGUAAUGAUAGAAAAAUUGACAGAAAAAGAGCAAAACGAAAAAAAGGACCAAAUGAAGAAAUAUGCCGAAAGAGCGGAGGAAAUGAAACGGUUUGUCAGGAAUAGAUUGAAUGUACCGUUAAAAAAGGAUCUUGAACACCUUGUUGACGAUGGUCCGUUUGCAUUGACCGUACAGAAAACCGUGCAAGGAGACAGCGAAGAAGAAAUGGACGCAAAGAUGCGACUGAAACGUGAAAACGAGCUAUUCGCGAGACACCAAGCGACCAUUAGGAAAGAACGGCAAAGGCAAAACGAAGAAAUGUCGAAAAUAGUCUCAAAGCAGAUGGACGAUAUCGAAGAAAUGAAGCGAUUAAUCGCCCAAAAAUCGGACAGAGCCCGUAGGGAACGCUUAGAAGAAAGUAAUAGAAUUUUAAGGGAACAGUUGGAAUCAAGAAAACAGUACCUUGACCGACAAAAAGAAGAAAAACGCAAAUCGUACGAGCAGUCGACGAGAGACAACGAAAAUUAUUUAAAAGACAAGAAACAACAAUGGGAAAAAGAAAUGAAAUUGAAAUGGCAGAUCAGAAAAGACUUGACCGAUCAAAUGGAAUUCAGAAAAACCAUAAUCGAAAAUCAACGAAAGGCCGAUUUGGAAAAUCACGAGAAGCGUUUGGUGGAAAUUAAAAAACAAGAAGAUUUACUUAAAACUCUUUUGGAUGAUUUGAAGUCGAAUAAUUAAUCAAUCUUUUUUUUAAAUUUAUCACAU